AUGGCGCAUCGGUUCGUCGUCACCGCCUUCCUGACAGGCUCCCGAAUCCUGGGCCGGUCCUUUAUGGCGGCCUACAAACAAGCCCAAGCUGCGUCACAAUACCAGCGCGCGCAGGCCAAGGCUGGAGGCGGCGCUUCAGGACGAGCCUCUUUAUCGUCAGGCAUGACUCUGGACGAGGCCUGCAAAAUCCUCAACGUCAAGCCGCCCGCUGGCGGUCAAGCCAACGUCGAAGAAGUCAUUGAGAGAUACAAGCGACUGUUCGAUGCCAACGACCCGCAAAAAGGAGGCAGUUUCUACCUACAGAGCAAGAUCGUCCGAGCCAAGGAGCGAUUCGAGCGAGAAUUGGGACCCAUACGAGAAAAGGUCGAGCAAGAGGCUGAAGUUAAGGAAGGUUGGAAACCAAAGGUCUACAAGGACAAAUAA